GAUUGACUCAUUUUAGGAUAUUUUGUCAAAUGUCAUUUUUGACGAAAUAAAAAGCAAUGUCUCUGCUUCCUUCAAAAUUAAUCGUUUUUUUCUUGACAUAUUUCGUCUAUUCAAGUGCAUCUGUAUCUCAAUUCAUAAGAUUUUCUUUGUAUACUGCUGAACAUGCUGAUAUUGCUUUAACGCUGAGACUUGGUGCAUACACUCAUGAACUCUAUCGUUUGGAUAGGUCAACACAAUUAUUUGUAAUCGUCCAUGGUUGGUUGCAAUCCAGUAAUGACCUUUAUGUGAGUUAUAUAAGAUAUCUAACAUUUCGUUCUGUGAAGAAGAAUGCUAUAAUCCUAACAGUGGAUUGGACCAAACUUGCUAGGAAUGAAUAUGAAGUAGCUAAGAAAUAUAACUCGGCUGUGGCAAAUAUCACAACCGAAGUCCUCACAAGCUUUCUGGGACCAAGAAAAAUCAAAUUCCAAAAUGCCCAUAUAAUUUGCCACUGUAUGGGUUGUCAUAUAGCUGCUAUGGCGUGCAAGAAUAUUUGGAGAUUCAGCAAGAAAAAAAUUGAUAGAAUAACAGCAUUAGAUCCGGCUGGUCCUGGUUAUUAUAGCAAAAUGUCUGAGAGACUUGGUCCAAACGAUGCUGAUGUGGUUUUUGUAGUUCAUACCGAUGCCUUCAGAUUCGGAUACGGCAGUAAAUGUGGCAACAUCGAUUUUUAUCCCAAUGGCGGGAAGCAUCCUCAACCUGGUUGCCUUAACUUCAGUGGGAUAGUUGACUAUAAUCUGUGUAGCCAUCAGAGAAGCAUUGAACUCUAUAUUGAAUCUCUCGAUGACCCUGUCUUUUAUGGAAUUAAAUGUCCAAGAUACAGAGAUUACAGAAAAGGUUUAUGCAGUUCAAAUGCAAAAUUGAAUUUCGCCAAAAAGUUACGCAAGGAAUACCAAGGAACUUACUUUUAUAUGACAAAUCCUUACAGACCAUUUCUACGCAAAAAAUAAACAUUUUAUAAACUGUA